GGCGCCAUGAGCUCGGCGGCGCCGCCGGCCCCGCGGCUCUGCUGCCUCGAGCGGAGCCCCACGGGCUACGGCUUCCACCUGCACGGCGAGAAGGGCAAGGCGGGCCAGUACAUCCGCCUCGUGGAGGCCGGCUCGCCGGCCGAGCGCGCGGGGCUGCGCGCCGGCGACCGCCUGCUCGAGGUGGACGGCGACAAUGUGGAGGCGGAGAGCCACCAGCGCGUGGUGGAGCGCAUCCGCGCCGCCGCCGGCGCCGUGCGCCUGCUCGUCGUGGAGACGCUGCCCGGGGAGCCGCGGCCUGGCGCGGGCGGCGCCGACACCGCCGCGGCACCGGGCGGCGACACCGCCGCGACACCCGGCGGCGACACCGCCGAGGCGGCGGCCGAGCCCCCGCGCCGGGAGCCGAGCCCGGCGGCCGAGCGGAAGGAGCUGCGUCCUCGGCUCUGCUGCAUGAAGAAGGGCCCCAACGGCUACGGCUUCAACCUGCACAGCGACAAGAGCCGGCCGGGCCAGUACGUGCGGGCCGUGGACCCCGACUCGCCGGCGGAGGCGGCGGGGCUGUCCCCGCAGGACCGCAUCGUUGAGGUGAACGGCGUGUGCAUGGAGGGCAAGCAGCACGCAGACGUCGUGGCCGCCAUCAAGGCCAGCGGCGACGAGACCAAGCUGCUUGUGGUGGACGUCCUCACGGACGAGUUCUUCAAGAAGUGCAAGGUGGUGCCCUCCGAGGCCCACCUGGAAGGUCCUUUGCCAGAACCGGUUGCCAAUGGUGACGUAGGGAAGGAGAACAGCGCCGGCCCGCGGCCCAGCUCCAUGAUCGAGAGCCCGGCCAGCCCCGGGCCGCUGGCCGCGUCCCCGACCCUCAGCGAGAGCCACGGAGAGCCGAGUGAGGGCGAGAAGCGCAACUCGGCGCCCGGCUCCCUGCUGGACCUCGACAUCCCGCUGGCCGUGGCCAAGGAGCGCGCGCACCAGAAGCGCACGAGCAAGCGCGCGCCCCAGAUGGACUGGAGCAAGAAAAACGAACUGUUCAGCAACCUGUGAAGGCCCUGGGGCUCCCGCCAGCACCUCCGCCUCUCGGCACCUCCCCGCCGCCCCCGUUGGGACCGAGGCCGCUCCGUGCUGCGGCCCAAGGGACAGGGGCUCGUGGCGUCGCUCCAGGCGGGUUUUGGCCACCCGGGCGCUUCUCCGUCCUCUGCUUGAAGUCCUGUGAACCCUGGUAGACGUAAACAGAGAUUUGGGAGUAACCGGUGAUUUGGAGUGACCCCCAGCUGAUGCCCAACACUUCUUAAAGUCUUAUUUCCUCCUGUUUUCCCUCUUGUCCCACCUGAAACCCGUGUCUGGUGAAGCCCCCCCACAUCACCCUCGAUCUCUGUGUUGCUGCCUUAGGCUUUUAGUGACUUUUAGCCGUCCCCACCACCCGUCUGACCGAGGAGCAAACAUGAUCCCUGCAGGAAUUGGUGCUUUUGGCCUCUGUCCGUCCAUCCAGGUGACCCUGCGUGUGACAUGUCCCGUGGCCACCCUCGGGGAAGAGAAAGCAGCGGCCUGGGGAGGUCUGGGGAGAGGAGAGGGUGUUUGGAGCCCGCACACAAAGCAAUAACCACCGCAAUACUCGCUCACUCCUGGAGGCAGAGCCGAUCAGGGUUUAAUCUGAUGAUGCUUAAUUUAAACUCUUCUCAAUAGACUCUGUCUAUUUUUUUCCAGAAUAAGAGGUUUUCCAAUCACACCUUUUUUAAAAAAAAGUAUUUUGUGGAAAUUCUUUCCUGUGGAUGUUUUAUUCCGUGUUUUGUGAUCGGGUGUUGUCGUACUGUCGAGCACGAGAGAAAUUCUGUUUACUGGAAUAAACCUUUCUGACUUCA